ACCGACUAACCGACAUAUUCCACCUGUCCUCGAUCGAUAGUAAGCUUCAAAAAGCAUCAAAACUACGAGUGCGCCAGUUGCAGGAAGGAUUGCCAAACUCGUUUUGUACACACAAGAAGUAAAAACGAAAUUCGUAUUAAAUUCGAAUUUAUAGCCAAGAUCGAGCCGUUCCGAUAAACUUCUUCGCAUGGAUGUAAUACCAGAACGAAAUCCAGUAAUUAACUGACUCAACGGAGCGGUUCGGCUCGUCUAUAACUCACAGUCGUUCUCCCUCUUGUAGAGUGGACUUGCCUAACCGGCAUCUCUCGUUGGUUCCCGAGAAAAUUUGUUAGAAUCUACUACCUACUGUCUAGUUCAGUCGGUUGUUUUUAGUUUGUGUUGUGAUUUACCAUUGGAUUACUCUAACUGUAGCCAAUAAACAAAAACAUUACAUAAUUGGGACUUAGCUAUUUUCCAUUAAUGAUAAUGGAGGAAGACACGAUACCGGAUGGGACCCUCGAUAUAAAGGAAACGAGACCCUCUAGCCAAGAUUUUUCCAAAUGUAGCACCGCUGAGGAUUUUUGGCCCCCGACGUCGUUCGAUGGCGAAAAACCCAAUCAAUCUCGCAUCCGUCGAAAUAAUUCCUCUCCAGAAACCUGUCCACAACCAGCUGCAGGCUCAAAUCUGACUCGAUCUCAUUCCUUCAUUCGUCGGAAUGUAUCUUCUCCUUCUCUCAGGAGCUUCGAUACCAAUGAUGGAACAGUGAAAUCUAAAUUGCUGAAAGCCUCAAGGUUAUCUUCUAGCAGGAGUGCCAUUCAUCUGUGGAAAUUAACAGAGAGACCUAGCGAAGUAGCCAUCCGUACAGAAUCCGCCAUUGGUUCUCUUUACGAACCAUUCGAAGACGUCAAGAUCCAAUUAGUGAGGCAAGCUAGAGAAGUAUUGUUAUGUCGAUAUCAAGGAGAUUAUUGGAAAUUCUGUCAAAGGUUCUUGCAACCCGUUUCUCUUCUACUUAAUGAAUUGAAGUCCAAAGUACAAUGUCGCUCAAACUGUAUUCAAAAAUCAAAAGGUUGGCCUCUGCACUUUAAUCGCCGAGUACUCAUUCAUUUGGGAGAACUUGAUGAAGCCAUUUUAAAGUGUGGUGAUUUCUAUUUCUGUUUACAAGAAACUGAUAGUGGUGUAGCCCUAUUGAUUAAAUAUUGGACAGAAAAUAGAAUUGACCAACGUGUCAUCCAUGCCCCGCAAUACAGUUUCCUCUUCAGUAUGGACUGGUUAGAGGGAUAUACGGCACAAGAUACCAGCGAUGAGAAACUGAGCACGUUUCUUCAGCAUCUUCUUGUAUCCGUGGAAAGAGGAAUCGAAAGACUGGAGUGGAAAAGUGUUGUGAGACCGUGGACAUGCGACCAUAUUUAUUCAUCCUGCUGCCCUGUCGGACAGGUCGAUGUCAAAGAUAAUUCCAUACAGGCUGUUACAGAUGGGGAAACAACCAAAAAGCAUUCGUGUCAGCACCCGGAGGAGGAAGUCGAAGGGAAAAUAUCCGAAACAGGUAAAGAUAAUGAAAACAGGAUAAGUUCAGAUGGAUGCCAAAACGAGCAGACAACCUUACGUUCAAACUCCAUAGGCCAAGUCAAUCAAGACAUUCUUCAUUCCGGAGUCGCGUAUUUACCAGGGUCACGCGAUAUAAAAGGUCGAAGUAUGGUUGUGAUAUUUGGCACUCUUCUACAACAGAAAAUAGCACCAUCUGAACUGUGUCAAUUAUUAGCUUAUUACCACGCUGUGCCCACGCGAGAAGUCAUUCGUCGAGGGUUUUUAGUAUUGGUAGACGGAAGAGGAGCUCCUAAAGAUGUCUGGACUAUUUUAGACGAUACAUUUCGACUUCUUCAGAACAUCAUUCCUAAUUGCAUAAGUUUAGUGUUACUGUGGAAGGUGAAUGAUGAUUAUAAAGUAACCUUUCCUUGUAGCGAAAUUAAAUUUGAAGUUAUAAAUGAUCGAGAGAAACUUUUAACUUAUGUCAAAGAAGAGCAGCUACUGAGUGAAUUCGGUGGUAAAUACGUUUACGAUCACCAAGAAUGGAUUAGUUUCCGUAAAUUCUUGGAGCCUUUCGUCAGUAACUGCAGAAUAUCCGGUCGCCAUCUGGUUCGAGUUAUGCAGACAUUGAAGGCCAACCAGCUUCCUUCUUCCAGCACAGUAACGCACAAUCUGAUAGAAGAGCAGAAAUCACACAUCAAUAAGACCUUCCACGACGACCAGUUGCGCCAUCUGGAGGAAGAAGGAGACGCUAUUCUGAAAGAAUUGGAAUCUUACGGUACCCAAUCACCCCAUAACACCGAUUACAGGGAGUGUCUGGAGAAGACGAGUAACUUGUAUGGAGAAUUGAGAAAAUCGAUGGAUAAACUUGCCAAAUUAGCGGAUAAAAGACUUACAAGGUUGGAGGAAUGUCUUCAAGUUAAGAUGCUGGAAGAAGAAUCUAGUCAGGUGCUAACGUGGCUAUGCAGAAAAGGAGAGGAGAUGCUGAGUAAACAUCAAGCUGUUGCUGACUCUCUGGGUGGAAUAAAAGAUCAAGAAGAGGAAUUCGAAAAGUUCUAUUUUGUUGCAAUGACACAAAUUGAAAAAGGAAAUGAUCUGUUAGAAGAGGCAGCAAUGAUGGGUAUUGAAGCAUUAGCAGAGGCACCAAAUGUUUCGCCAGAAACUCCAAAUGAAUCUAAGAACAGUAAUAUAGGGGUCCAUGAACUCACAACUUCUCUAAAGAAUCGUCUAAACAGUUUUACAGAUCGUUUAGAAGAUACUAGAGAAAGACUGGAGGAUACUGCAAAGUGCUAUCAUCUUCUAGACAAGACAUACGAAUGGGCUUUAGAAACAAUGAGAUUUGUUUCACAUAUGACAAUGGACAAUCUGACAAAUCCUGAGGUGCUUAAUGAACUUAUAAAGCAUCUUCAAGAUUAUAUGGAUGAUCAUCCAGUUAUUCCAGAAGAAACAUUCCAGGAAAUGACAGACAUUGCAUUGAAAUUAGAAAAUGAAAGGCUUGUAGAUCAAUGUAAAACUGCUCACACAAGAUGCCAAGAAACAGUUGAAUUGAUUCAAACUAGACUGACUACUUUACAAAAAGUAAAACAUCAACUAGAAUCUGAAUCUUGUCAACAAUUAUGGGAUGAAGAUGAAGCUCCCACUCCACGUACUUCUCGUUCCAAAUCACAUCCAGGAACUUUAUGGGUGCCACACCUGAGCAGCACACCAUUCCAUCCGAACAGUUUAGUUCAACCGUUUUGUCAAAGAAGAUCAUCACUUGCUACAAUGGUAUCGCAGCCAUAUAGCUCUUCAAUAGGUUCUUACACUUCUUUUCCCAGCAACUAUUAUUUGAUUGUUGAUCAUAAAGAUAAUCAUCCAAUAGACUAUUAUUUACCAGAUAAGGAACAACAAAUUUUUAGUCAUGGACUCAUUACUGAUGAUUUGACAACUCAGGGUCCCAUUGCAUCUAUACCUCGAACUCUGUUAGAAGCAAGAAGUAUACGUACGGGUGCUUCUUCUACAUUAUCUAGUAACACAAAGAGCAAUAUUAGCAACAGUUGCAGCUCAAAGACUAAUAGUUUAGAUUCAGAAACUUGUAGCCAUAUAAGCAUUCCUUACUUUCAGCCAGUUAAAAAAUAUCUGAAAAGGGGACACACUUGGCAAAUGUGUGAAGAAGCACUGGAGAGAGCAAAGAAGGAAGUAAAACAACAGAAUGAGAGGUUAAAAAUAAAAAAAGUUUUACCUGGAACAAGUGGGAGUAGUAAUGAAAGUAUUACAAGCAUCCCUGAAAAUGAUGAUUCUAGAAUCAGUGAAAAUUGUUCUAGGAUGCCACUGACACAUACACAGUCUGAUCCUCUAAAGGGACCAGUUCCUGUUAAUAGUCACUUACUUACAAGAGCAUCUAGUUUGGAACUACAAGAUGCAAGUGUUACGGAUGGACAGAUCAAUGAAGAUCAGAUCAAAACUAAAAAGUAUGUUUUUAUAUACAUUUUUUCUUGUGAAAAUUACAUCCCCGAACUUUCCCGAGAGGAUAUUCCUCAAGCACUUCGAGGACACAGAAACACCAUUUUCAGCAAUAUAGAAAAAAUAUAUGAAUUUCAUAAUCAGUAUUUCCUUCAAGAACUUACACAGAGUGAAAAUAUACCAUUCAGUGUGGGACAGUGUUUUCUACGUUAUGAACCAAAACUCAAUCUUUAUGCUUUAUAUAAUAAAAACAAACCAAAAUCUGAUGCCUUAAUGUCUGAAUAUGGAACACAGUUUUUUAGGAAAAAACAACUGGAACUGGGUGAUAAAAUGGAUUUAGCCAGUUAUUUAUUAAAGCCAGUUCAAAGAAUGGGAAAAUAUGCUUUAUUAUUAAAACAAUUAUUAAAAGAAUGUCCUGAACGAGAUGCAGAAUAUCAAGAUUUGAAGGCUGCAGAAGAAUUAGUACGUUUCCAGUUAAGACAUGGAAAUGAUCUUCUUGCAAUGGAUGCACUUCGAGACUGCGAUGUUAAUGUAAAAGAACAAGGACAAUUAUUAAGACAAGACGAAUUUCUAGUUUGGCAAGGAAGAUCAAGGAAAUCAUUGCGGCGUGUAUUUUUGUUUGAGGAUUUAAUCCUUUUCAGUAAAACUCGUCGUGAUCCUGAGAGGAAAGGUCAUGAAAUAUAUCAAUACAAACAUAGUAUUAAGACAACUGAUAUAGGCUUAACAGAACAAAUUGGUGAUAGUCCUACUAAAUUUGAAAUAUGGUUUAGAAAGAGAAAAUUGAAUGAUGUAUAUAUUCUUCAAGCACCAACAGCAGAAAUAAAGAUAGCAUGGUCCCAAGAGAUAUCAAAACUACUUUGGAAACAGGCCUUACGAAACAGAGAAUUGCGCCUAGCCGAGAUGUCAUCUAUGGGAAUAGGAAAUAAACCAUGUUUAGAUAUAAAACCUAGUGAAGAUCAAAUUAAUGAUAGAUCUGUUAAUAUUCAACAACUAGUAAAAAACCAUCGAUUCAGAAAUUCAAUAGCAGUAUCAUCAUUUGAUCAACUGCGAAAUAAAAGACCACAUUCAAUUAUAUCUGUCAGUAGUUCCUCCUCUUCUGGAAGUAGUCAGUCAUCUCUACCUUUUUAUGGUGCACUUAAUUUAGGAUUUGAACCAGGAGAUAGUCCUCGUCCACUUCAUAGGUCUUUGACCCAACAGUCUCAAUGUUCUACAGAAAGUGGAUUUUGCACUGAUGUUAGUUUAGCAGGAGAUAGCCCUCCUGACACAGAACAUAUAAAACACCAUAAAAAAGCUGAAAGAAGUGAUAGUUUACUUUCUAGUGAUUCUUUAUUAUUAGAAGUUGGUGAAGCAGAAUUCAUUUCUUCCACAGAUAGUGAACAAGCAUUAUCACAAAAUGUAACAGCAUCUAUGUAAUACAAUUAUAUGUGGAAGGUAUCUAUUUAUCAAGCUGCUAUAUCUUAUUUAUUCAUUCAAGUAGAGUGAAGCAGAACUGGCAGCAAGACUGGUAGCUUGACAACUAUCAGUUUCUCAGAAUCUAGCCACAGCAAUGUGCCAUAUAUUUUCCAUUGGCAGAGCAGAACUACGUUAAAUUCUCGACAGCAAUGCCGAACACUUCGAACAAGUUUUUAAGUUUUUGCCUCAUCUUGUCUGGCAAAACUGAAAGCAAAUAUAUAAAAACAAAAAACUGGCAAUUAAUUCUUUGGAAAAAUUUCAGUGAAAGUUAAAGCACUGAUACCAUUUUUGUGCCUUUCUUAAAUUUUAUUAUAUAAAAAAAAA